AUGGCAUCAUCGAAAUUCCAUGCACCACCAACAGCCCAGCACUACUUGGUGUGUGGCACUGAAGACUGUUGGAACAACUGCCAGUUUUAUUGCAAUAAUUGUCACCAACAAAUGUGUAAACACUGCAGAGAUGAACAUCAGAAGAGUCUGGAAACGAAGGACCAUGAAGUCGUCCCUUAUAUACCAACAACGCCAAAGACACUUCCUGAAGUUAAAUGCCAAACCCAUGUAAACAGAUAUCUAGUCAUGCUUUGUGAGCAAUGUCAGGGUCCGGUAUGUUCAAAAUGUGCAACCAAAGACCAUGGUGGACACACAUUUAUAGAUUUAGAAACAGUGUAUGCAGAAAAAUGUGGACUUUGUCUGAAUGAAAUUAAUAAAAUUGAAGAAUAUUUCCUCCCAACUUCACAGGAUUUGCUUAAAUCCACUAUAUCAAAACAGAUAAUCUGGGCAUUUUUUAUAUUAGUGGAUGAACAUAGUUUGAGCACAAAGGUCAACAAAAUCGAACAGUCACUUCUUCGUUUGUUAAGAUCCCAAGAAAACAGGUAUAAUGGUUACAUUUCGUACCUCCAUGAUCUUGUCAAAACGUUUUAUGAGUACCAUUGUUCCAAAGAUAUUAUCACAUUGAUAAGUGAUAUAACAACGAAUUUAAAAGUAGACCCCAUACCACUAACAACCAAACCAGUCCCUCCAGUAUUUACUGUUGGUCAAUACACAAAGGAGGAUGUCGCCAAACUACUGGGUAGGGUAACUGUUCCUGACAAUAAACCAGAGAACAGAGAAAUAAAACCCAAUAAAACUGAAUCCACACAGAUGAAACAUACAAUGAAAGAGAAGAAACAAGACAUAAAGAAAUCUGAUACAAAACCAACACUGUCUUUGUCUUCCUUUGCCACCAAGAUCAGGAAGUACAUAGUGCAAGAUGUUGACAACGUAGAUCAUAUAUCAGGAGGUAAAUCCGGUAGACUCUGGGUCAGUGAUUUAUUUGGUAACCUUGUCCUAAGAGAUCUUCAAGUGAAACAGCAACAGAAGAUAAAAACCAAUGGCAAACAUGGCUACCACACAGUAACACAGACAGGGGAACUAAUCUAUACAGACAGAAAGAACAAAGUCGUUAAUAAGAUAAAACAGGAUGAUACAAUCACUAAAUUUAUUGAAACAGGAGACUGGGCACAUAUCAGCAUCUACUCUUCCCACAUUAAUGGGGACAAACUGGUGGGACUGAAAACAAACACGCAAGAAAAGAGUAGAGAGGCUAAAGUCAUCAGGUACAACAAAACAGGGAAAGAAUUACAGAAUAUAGAGAGAGACGAAGAAGAACAGAAAAUGUAUAGUGACCCACACUACAUCACAGAAAACAUCAAUGGUGAUAUCUGUACAUCCGACUUUGAAAAAGAAGCUGUAGUGGUGGUGAAUAAAUUGGGACAACAUAUUUCUUCCUACACGGGUCACGGGUCAGAGUUUCGUCCCUGUGGUAUCUGUACUGAUCUCCUUGGUCACAUUCUGGUGUGCAAUAUUCCCCUCAUUAGCUUAUUUAUGGAUGCUAACAAUUACACCAUUCAUAUCCUUGACCAGGAUGGUCAGUUCUUGUCACUUUUACUUACACAACAGCAUGGAAUAGAGGCUCCCCUGAGUGUGUUUGUGGAUGAAAGUAACAAUCUUCAUAUCGGAGACUAUUCCACCUACACAGUGACAGUGUACAAAUAUCUACAAUAAUUAUCACCUUAAUUCUUAUAUUCUACAAUUAUAUCAGAUUACUAGUAUUUUGAAUAUCAAAUGCUGAAAACGAUCUACUGUAAAUAAAAAAGGGAAAAAUUAAAAGGGAAUACUAGUACACGGAAUCUACUCAGUUCAUCAAAAUGUAUAAACAGCUGGAAAUAUUGAGCAACAAUUUUUUUCUUUAGGGUCACAAAAGAGGAAAUAAAAA